AUGCAAGCUUCUCAAAGACCUCUGGUAUCAUUAUCCAAGAUCAACUCGAGAGCAACUCAAAGGCUUGCACAGAUUCAUUGCCACACCGGGACAAAGAUUCCAAUGUCUACUUCUUCAGAGCCCAAGAAGUCUCUGGCUAGUCUUCCAAAGACCCAAAGCUUUACUGAAAAAUUGCCCGCAGAUCCAAGAGUUCCGGAUGUUGCGACAGCAAGAGAUCCCUCAUUACCGUUUGAUCUGACCCACAAGGCGAGAAGACUGCUAUCGGGAUUUUACACCUAUGUCACUCCUGAAGUUCGCAAGAACUACAAGUUUUUAUUGGCUUCAGAACGAGCACUGAUUGAUCUAGGGUUGGAUCCAGAAGUUGAGCCUUUGGAUAAGGAUUUUCAGAGACUGGUCACAAGCCAAGAUGCGGCUUUGGAGCAAUAUCCACACCCAUACAGCCAGUGUUAUGCGGGAUAUCAAUUUGGGCAAUUUGCCGGCCAAUUGGGAGAUGGAAGAGUUGUGAGUCUGUUCGAGGUUAAAAAUGAAGACACAGGGAAGAGAUAUGAGCUACAGCUGAAAGGGUCUGGAAAAACUCCUUUCUCCAGGUUUGCAGACGGAAAGGCAGUUUUGCGGUCUUCUAUCCGUGAGUUCAUUAUAUCCGAGUCUCUUCACGGGAUAGGGAUUCCGACCACAAGGGCGCUUGCACUUUCAUAUCUUCCAGGUACGUAUGCCCAACGGUAUGGUGCUGAGCAAUGUGCCAUAGUGUGUAGAAUGGCCGAAAGUUGGAUCCGAAUUGGCAACUUUGAUCUUUUGAGAAUGAGGGGGGACCGCAAGGAAGCGAUUCUGCUGGCGGACUAUGUACUCGACGAAGUUCUGAAAGGCCAGUUCAAGUAUGAGUCAAGCUUUGCUGAUAGCACAGAAGUUCCAGAUGGUUUGACUAAGUACGAUAAGAUGUACCUUGAGAUAGUGGCACGGAACGCCCAUACAGUCGCAUACUGGCAUGCGUAUGGCUUUUUGAACGGAGUCCUGAAUACGGAUAAUACUUCUAUUCUUGGGUUAUCUAUUGAUUUUGGGCCGUUCGCUUUCAUGGACAAUUUUAAUCUCGACUAUACCCCCAACCAUGAGGAUACCCAACUGCGGUACAGUUUUAAAAAUACGCCCAAUGCAAUCUGGUGGAAUUUGACUCGACUUGGUGAGGACCUAGCCGAGUUGAUAGGUGCGGGACCUGAGUUAUUGAAGGAUCCUGCAUUUGGAAACGAGUUCAAAAAAGAGUGGGAAGUGCCAGUGAUUAGCCGUGCCGAGAAAGUUAUUGGUUUCGCUGGCUCCGUAUACGAGGAUGUCUUUCUUCAUGAAUACGAAAAUCUCAUGGCAAAGAGGCUUGGGGUAGAGAAACCUUCUCACGACUUCCACAGCGAGGUGGUAUCUCCUAUGUUGGACAUGCUGAGCACCAUCAAAGUUGACUAUAACAAUUUUUUCGUGGAUUUGCAGAAGCUUGAUUUUUCAGCACCCGAUUUUGAUUACGAUUCUGCUGUCUCCAAACUAACUCCACUGGAUUUUGUUUCUGAAGAAAUCGCAGGAUUGACAGAGGAGACACUAAAUCGCGAGCUGAAGUCAUGGCUACCAAUUUACCGCACCAAAUUGGAAGAGCUGAAUAUCUCGUACAGGCAACGUCAUGAAUUGGCGGCUUCAUACAAUCCACUAUUUCUUCCAAGAAAUUGGAUCUUGGAUGAUGUAAUAGAGUUCACUCAGGAUAGCGAUGCUGAGGACCUGAGGUAUCUCAGGAAACUACUCAAGAUGUCGAGCUACCCAUACGAUGCCACAAAAUGGGGUUCCGAAGAUAAAGAUUUGGAGUCCAAGUGGCUCAAACCACCAAAAGGUGAGAAAAGCAUGUUACAAUGUAGUUGCUCGAGCUAA